AUGGCUACAGAUAGCAGCAAAAUCGUGCUAAAGGCCAAUUUGCCUCGGACACGGGAUCUCAGUUUUGUCGGAAGAUUCCACCAUAAUUUUGGUUUCGAAAACGGCUUAUUUGAGUAUCUUUUGACCCAGAAGGACUUAUGGGGAGAUAAACUCUUCUAUUUCAAGGAAUCGGACUUAGAAAGAUGGGCCAAUGCGGGCCAACAAAAAGUUCGUGAGAUUACUAUAUGUGAUGUUGAAUCGAACUUUCCCGAUAUCGAGGGCGAACAGCUUCUGGAGCUGGACUUUCUUGUUGAUUUUGGGCUGAUCAAACCAAUCAACUUAAAAGUGGCCAAGAAUGGCGCUUUCUCAGAGCGAGAAUUGGCCCUUGGUGAUCAGAUCCUGUUAAGGAAUACAAUUGGACGAAACGGAAUAGCUCUCAACGUGGGAGGUGCCGUGACGGCCAUGAAAUGGCUUCCAUACGGGAACUCUCCAAUUUUGGCAGUAGCUGUCAUAAACAAUAGUGAAGGACUCCCCGCCAUGAUUUCUGACCCAUAUCUAGGCGUGUAUCCUCAUGAGAAGUUAGAUGGAAAGACAAAAUCGGCUCUUCAGAUAUGGAAAUUCCAUGCGGGAUCAAUGCUGAUGGAACUCUUCCAAGUCUAUGAAACAUCUGCAUUCGGAGCUACUGCCACCAUCAAUUGGGUUCCCCUGAAACUGCAAAAUGAAGACGUUUUUGGAGUUUUGGCUGCAAGCUUCUCUGACGGCAAGUUACACAUGUUCAAGGUCAAGAACCAUGUAUCUGAGUCGGCUGUGUAUACCAAGGUCUCCGAGCCUUCAUGGACGGUCAGCAUGAAGGAUGAGCGGGUCGGAAAUUCAGGCCAGAUGCUUCCAAUCACCUGCUAUGAUUUCGUCGACGAUAAGAGGGUGUUGGUUGGAACAUUGGAUGGUGCAAUCGCAGAAUACGUUCUUCCAAAUACUUCGACUGAGGAGUUGAAGGAGCCAUCGUUUUUGGAGUAUGUCGCUGACUCAUGCAUCACUUCGGUAAGUAUUGGCGAGUCAAACAACUCCAAAAUCGUGCUCGUCAACACAGCGUCCACCCAGGCAUUUGCUCUUCAAUAUGAGAAUAUUCGUCAGAGUCGGGUGGAUACUAACUACACCAUAUCACCAUUGAUGCCUCUUUAUCACCGCGGAUUCCGUAUUUUCGUAUAUCCAGACAGUGCCGAGAGUAUCGGAUACACUUUUGUCAGACAUCCACAUCAAAAGCACAGUUUGCUUUUGAAAUCAGAGAUGGUAUCGAGUUUCCAUGUGAGUGAAUAUCUCAACCACCCAUUGGCGAUUGUGAGCAGUAUCUUGGGCGAUGUAUAUGUAUUGAACAUUGGGCGGAAGAUCUUCGGAGUGCCAAAAGCUCACAAUAAACUUGUGGUUCCGCUCAAGUUGUGGUCUUUGAGUAUUAUUGACAACCAAUUGACUUUGUGCGGAGAUUACGUGGAGGUAAAGAUGGAUAGAACAGACAUUAAGUGGAGUUUCACGCCUCCGGAGGUGGUGGUCUCGGCUUCAGCAUGGAAUGAAACAUUUGAGGGCAGUUCCACGUAUACGUUCGGUACCUACACUGGGCUAUUGGUUCUUGAGCGUCUUGACCCUUCUCUUACUUAG